AUGGUGCAUCGACCGCAGUCACUGUCGUCGAAAGACGGCUUUGGCUGUCGAGAUCGAUCCCGUUCUGUCGCGCCACGUACCUACUGUCGUUCGCAUCGUCGCUACCCUUCGUCCCUUCGCAAAAGGACGAUAGCAGCUCCCUGGUGUACGUUGUCCACUAUGUCAACUCUACGCGGACACAAAGCACGGAUAACGAUUGCGUUGUUUGACGCCGAUCGAUACCGAGAAGACGCCGCAGAUGCAACUCCGUACGAUCCUACGUCGAAAGGAGUGAAUUCUGCUGUCAAACGCGCGAUAGAAAACGCAUCAGGACUUCUUAGAGUCCGUUAUGACGCAUUGUUUGUCCUUUCGUUCGAAACCCAGGAGAAUUGCGAAGAACUCCAACAAGAAGUCGACCGCUUCUGGAAUGAACAACAAGGCGAGAAGCUUAUGAAGACGCGCAAAUCCUUAUUACAACUCUGGAUGCGCAACUUCUUAUAG